AUGGCGACUACAGUGGACAAGAUCAAAGAUAUUGAGGCCGAAAUGGCCAAAACCCAGAAGAACAAGGCGACUUCGUACCAUUUGGGUCAGCUUAAGGCCAAGUUGGCUAAGCUCAAGCGCGAGCUGUUGACUCCCAGCGGCGGAGGAGGUGGCGGAGGUGCUGGUUUCGAUGUGGCCAGAACAGGCGUAGCCAGUAUUGGCUUCAUCGGCUUCCCUUCGGUGGGCAAGAGUACGCUCAUGAGCAGACUGACAGGCCAACACUCGGAGGCUGCCGCCUACGAAUUCACCACCUUGACCUCUGUGCCUGGUCAAGUUGUCUAUAACGGUGCCCCCUUGCAGAUUAUUGACCUUCCUGGUAUCAUUGAGGGUGCCAAGGAUGGCCGAGGUCGAGGUCGACAAGUCAUCGCCGUCGCUAAGACAUGCCAUCUGAUCUUCAUUGUGCUGGAUGUCAAUAAGCCUCUGACGGAUAAGCGGGUGAUUGAGGCGGAACUCGAGGGUUUCGGAAUCCGUAUCAAUAAGGAACCCCCCAACAUCACCUUCAGGAAGAAGGACAAGGGUGGCCUCAAUAUCACCAGCACUGUACCCCUGACACAUAUCGACCACGGCGAGAUUAAGGCUGUCAUGAGCGAAUAUCGCAUCAAUUCUGCGGACAUUACAAUCCGGUGUGACGCUACCGUUGAUGACCUGAUCGACGUUCUCGAGGCAAAGAGCAGAAGUUAUAUUCCCGUUGUCUACUGUCUGAACAAGAUUGAUUCCAUUAGCAUUGAGGAGCUUGACCUUCUCUAUCGAAUUCCCAAUGCUGUCCCCAUCAGUUCCGAGCACGGAUGGAACAUUGAUGAGCUGAUGGAGGCCAUGUGGGACAAGCUAAACCUUGUCCGCGUGUACACAAAGCCCAAGGGCAAGCAGCCUGAUUACUCUCAGCCUGUCGUGCUCCGAUCUACGCGCUGCACUGUUGAAGAUUUUGUAAGUCAGAUCAGUUUCAUGUGGCGGGCGCCCUUUUGGCCGUCCCCUGCGGAGCCUCAUGUCCAAAAUCCAAAUUAGGAAUCGUGGAUUGCUAAUCGAGCUGGCAAAUAGUGUAACGCCAUUCACCGAAGCAUUACUGAAGUGUUCAAGACGGCCAUCGUUUAUGGCAAGUCAGUCAAGCAUCAGCCUCAACGCGUUGGCCUGGCUCACGAACUGUGUGAUGAGGAUGUUGGUAGGUUACCCCCGGAGUCUCCGACAACGACCCUCGACCCCAGCAGCAGCCUAAAGACAGAUUGAGGAUGGGAGGGACAAGUAGUUAGGCCGCAGUGAGCUUGAUCUACCCGAUGCAGUCGGGAUCUUGCUUCGUUAAUGAGCCAGGGCGCCCAUGAUCCCAGUCUCAGUCUGAUCCGUUGCACCAAGGCGGCUAGGGUUGCAUUGUACCAAGCUCGUAGCAACGCUAACUAUUGUAACAGUAACCAUUGUCAAGCGAUGAAGAAAAACCUUGGAGAGAUUGAAGGGGAUGAUCCCGCGGCAACGCCAGAGGCUUGGUGAGCUAGAGAGACAUUGCCAGAUAGCUUGGACCGCCGCUUCGCAUCAGAUUGUUACUGCAGCCAUGCCACCCACCACCAGUUUGCGACUCUGGUUUAGCUCCGAGUGGCUGAAGGAGAGAGAGGAGGAAACUUCACAGACCAGGGGAGCCCUGAGUGGGAUGGAUGGGAUGCUGAUUACUACUACGACAACAAUAACAGCAGCAGCAGAAAUGUUCAAUAUGAACAGGGCUGACAAUGGAUGCACGGCUACGAGCACGUCUGGUUGACAAGAAGUAUCGACUUGGCUCGACCAGGCACGAUAAUGAUCGGCACAAUAGUUUCCGGGGGAAGUCAGAAGUGGCGUGCACACUCACAGGGCAGGCUGAUGGGUCUAGAGCAGGGGAGAGAAAAUUUUGGGUCAACGGCAGACGACGAUGAACAAGGAAGGGCGAGAUUUAAGAUGAAGAUGGCGAGCAAGACGGAACGGAGUAACUGCGGACGUGGAUUUUAUACGAAAGCCUAUGCCCGGGUUAGUUUUCCGGGAUGAAAGAAAAAGCAAUGGUGGGUAUUGCGCAAGCAGAAGUAAGCCCGGCAGUUACUAUUGUUGGUUGUUCAGCAAGGAGUUACAAUCAAUUUGCUCGAAAAAUGAAACAAAAUGAAUGAUUCUCGAUGAUAAAAGUGCAGUCAGUCAUCAAUUGAUGGAUGGCUACAACAUCUUGGCGCGUUGUCAUUCAUCCAGGCGGCUGAAAUGCAUAAAGGCUUGACCGAGCGGAGAUAUUUCCAAGAACAAACCCGAGCAAGGUUUAUGAUACCGAUUCUCGUAACAUGAGAGAGCUGACAGAUAAUAAGUCACCGUCACCAUUGCUCCUGGGGGCGGCCUGUUUGCGGAUUGAAAGAUUGAGACUCAGCCGAAUUGAAAGCUAUAGUUACAGCAGCAACAGGUCAAUUGACGGGUAUAAAUGCGG